AUGCAACGCACCCCGGGAAGAACGUAUCCCAGCCCGGGCUUCAGUCCCGGAAAUAAUCGAGCCUCUCCGCGAGGCUGGAGAUCUACACACGGGCGCUUCUCUCCUGCGGGAUAUGGCGCAGGGCCCCCGUGCUUCUCCCCGUUCUCGCCCCCCAGGUUUCAUGGAGGCUCUCCGCGGGACUUUGGAGCGCCGUCCCCCGGGGCCUACAGAGGGAGACGCAGAGGAGGCUUCAGCCCUGCACAUGGAGCAAGCAACCAGGAAGACCAGCCUGUGGAGAAGUACUUCAGUCCCAACAUGGUUCAGGACCCUUGGAAAAAUCUGUGCCCCGUUUCAAAAGAGCAGCUCCAUUCUGCUUUUAAGCCAGGACUAAGCCAGGACUACAGACAAGGUCCCCCUCAGGACUAA